AUUAGUAAUUUAUUUAUUACUAGAAAUAAACUUUAGCGUUCCCAUUUGUCUGACUUAACAAUUGUACAUACGUAACUAAAUAUUCGGAACGUAUGUUUUGUAAAAAUGGCGACAGCAAUUGUUAGUUCGGCUCGUCAGGUGGGGAGGCUAACAAGUGCUGCUCGAAGACUUUAUUCGGAUGUUUAUCCUAAGAUAACCACUCAUUAUACUAUUCAUCCCCGCGACAAGGAUCCGAGAUGGAAAGAUAUAAGUAUGGAGCGAGUGGCCGAAGAGACAGAUAUCCUCAUCAUUGGAGGUGGUCCCGCUGGUAUGGCCGCUGCAAUCAGGGCUCGGCAAAUAGCUGAAGAAAAGGGUGCUGAAGUGCGAGUAACACUAUUGGAAAAAGCAGCAGAAGCCGGAGGUCACAUUCUCUCAGGUGCAUGCGUGGAUCCCAUAGCUCUGAAUGAGUUAAUUCCAGACUGGAAAGAUAAAGGGGCACCAAUGAACACACCUGUAACAUCUGAUAAAUUUGGUCUUUUAACUAAAAGUGGGAGAAUUCCAAUACCUGUAUUUCCUGGGUUACCUAACUACAACCAUGGCAACUAUGUUGUUCGGUUAGGUCACUUAGUAAAAUGGAUGUCUGAACAAGCAGAAGCAGUAGGUGCUGAGGUAUGGCCAGGUUGUGCUGGUGCAGAUCUAUUAUUCCGAGAUGAUGGUUCCCUUAAAGGUGUGGCUACAGGUGAUGUGGGCAUAGCUAAGGAUGGUAGCCCAAAAGAUAUGUUUGAAAGAGGCAUGGAAUUUCACUCCAAGAUUACUAUAUUUGCUGAAGGAUGUCACGGGCACUUGACAAAGAUGGUGUCCAGUAAAUACAACCUUCGAGAGAAGAGCGAACCACAGUCUUAUGGUAUAGGAUUAAAAGAGCUUUGGGAAGUUACCCCAGAGAACCACAAACCAGGCCUAGUUGAACAUACUAUAGGUUGGCCUCUAGACAAAAACACAUAUGGAGGAUCAUUUAUUUACCAUCUUAAUGUGGAGGAGGGCGAAACACCCUUAGUUGCGACUGGCUUUGUCGUGGGACUUGACUAUACCAACCCCUACAUCAGCCCUUUUAGAGAGUUCCAAAGAUUUAAGUUACAUCCCUACAUAAAGCCUAUGUUUGAAGGUGGUACUCGGAUAGCCUAUGGAGCCCGAGCGCUGGUGGAAGGAGGCUGGCAGUGUCUUCCAGUCCCAGUGUUCCCUGGUGGAUGCCUGGCUGGUGACACUGCGGGUUUCCUCAAUGUUCCUCGUAUUAAGGGCACUCAUAAUGCUAUGAAGAGUGGUAUGCUAGCAGCAGAGUCUGCGAUGGAGCUGAUUCUGUCAGGAGAGGCUACUCACGAGAAAGGUGUAACGCCCACUCUGUAUGAAGAUAAACUGAAGGAAUCAUAUGUUUACAAGGAAUUAAAGCAAGUACGGAACUGUCGCCCGUCGUUCCACACAUCGCUGGGCUUGUACGGCGGCGUGGCAUACUCCGCAUUCUCCACUAUGGUGCGUGGGAAAGAACCUUGGACCUUAAGUCACGGGGGUGCAGAUCACGCGAAACUAAAACCUGCCAAAGAGUACCAACCCAUAGAAUACCCCAAGCCGGACGGCGUCGUCACCUUUGACUUGCUGUCGUCAGUUGCUCUAACUGGAACGAAUCACGAAGCCGACCAACCUCCACAUUUGACGCUGAAAGAUGACACCAUACCCGUUAAGAGGAAUCUCGGAAUCUUCGAUGGACCUGAGGCUCGGUUUUGUCCAGCGGGAGUGUACGAAUUCGUCCCUCUGGAGACAGGGGAAGGGCAGAGGCUGCAAAUCAACGCACAAAACUGUAUUCACUGUAAGACUUGCGAUAUCAAGGAUCCGUCGCAGAACAUCAACUGGGUGGUACCCGAAGGUGGUGGCGGUCCCGCUUACAACGGCAUGUAAACUAUGUUGUCGUUAUUUUAUUAUUAAAUAUUGAAGAUACUUCAAACAUCCAUUGGAGACCAAUUUACCUGAAUAUUUUAUCUGCGAUCAUGGGCGUUGAAUUAUUUAAUUUUAAUGUUCAUAUUUAUUUCUGAAUUACAGUAUCAAACUUAAAAUCUUAUAUCUGGACUGGAUAUAAUAUUUAACUUAUUUUGUUUUUCUGUUUAUAUAUUAUGUAUACACAUAUUGUUACCGUUUUUAAACAUACCUGUAGUUUGGGACAACAAUUAAUUUUAUAAUUAAUAUUAAAUUACCCUGAAUUUAUUUACAAUUCCAAAUGGCACCUAAUAGUAAGUUUCUUUGUUAGUUACUGUAUUUUAUGAUCCGAUUUUGAUUUGAUUGAGUUACGACAUUAGUGUAAAUAGAGCUAUGAAUAUUAUUUAAUAAGUAAACGUGGUAUAUAUGUAUUUCUAUUCGACUAUUGUAAAGUAAUAAAGACAGUCCUUACUAGAUAAAUAUGCGUGUAUAUUCCCAAAAUAUAUUUGAAGUCACUACUGACAAUAUAAUGUACUAAAUUUAUGAAUUAGUCUGAAAAAAAAUAUCGAUUUUACGAAUUAUUUUUCAAGCUAAAUGCAACUCGACAGUCAUUUUGGUUAAAAUACUAUAAAUUAAUACGAAGCAAUAAUAAUAAAAAAACUCAAUACCGUUGCUAACGUUACUUAAGGCAUCGGUUGACGUCAUAACAGUAUUCGGAACAGAUAAUAAAUAUCUUUAAAUGUCAACUGAAUAAUGUGACAGAAUUUGAAGCGUUUUAUUGAUGUUAAUUCAAUUAAAAUAGAUAAAUGAACAUAUUUAAUUAUAAUAUAUUUUGCACAGUAACACUAAUUAACAAUUAUAAUAUUUAACAUAAACUUGAUCGUUUUCUACAUUAAUAUGUCUAUAAGAAAACUGCCUUUAUAUUUGUAAAGCUUUAUAGUUCUGUUUUUUGUACGAUAAUAAUAAAAUAAAUAAAAACAUAUUUUUCUACAAAAAAAGUUUUGAAAUCUUUACAUACAUACAGAAAUGAUUUAUUGUAUUUUGAAAGUGAAUUUUAUAUAAAUUGAUAAUCUGUACUUGAAUGGUACCUACUUGCUAUUUGCAUGAGUGUAAGAAUCCCAAUUAGAAUAAGUGUUGAAUUUAUAUGUUUGAAAAUAAUAAAUAAAUAUUUUGAAUAAA